AUGGAUAUGGCAGUCAAAGAGUUGGUCAAGGUCUUGAAGAAGAAUAGUUUUCCUGUGAAAGGGAAGGAUGAUAUAAAAGAAUUUCUUCUCCUUGCAACUGUUGCUUCAAUUUCUUCUGGAAAUGAUGAAUUUGUUGGGAAUUUAAUUGCCGAAACUAUAGAGAAGAUCGGCUCUGAUGGAAUAAGCUCAGCACUAUUGGAAAAUGGGGGUAUGUGCAUGCACGAUGAAGCAGUAACACAUUAUAUUGACAUGAUUGACCAGACAACUUUUGGGCAUCGGUUUAUCAAAAAGGAUUUUGGUGUGACUCCAAGAAUUGGUUGGCAAAUUGAUCCUUUUGGUCAUUCUGCAGUGAAGGCUUACUUGUUGGGAGCUGAAGGUGGUCGGCAAGAGUAUGGGGAGAGUUUACAACGGGGGUGUCUCCGAUUGUGGGCUGCAGAGUUAGGGGUGAUUGAGUUUGUGGCGGAACGUUUUAAGGAAGAGAAUCAUCAGGAAAACAGCUUUGAAGCUACCAUGAAAGGUGAGAUUGAGGACAAUGGAGCAAUACAGAUACCACCAACCCGAGUUGCGCACAUAAAGAAACGAGUUCUUAAGAACAAAGGCGUAUCUGUCUCUUUCAGCGAGAAAGAUCUCAAGGAUUACGUUACUGGGUUUCAUAAGAGGAAGAAGAAAAGAAGAAAGGAAGCAAUUAAACAACAAGAAGAGAAGUUAAGGCUCAAGCGUAUCGCAGGACGCAAACAGAGGAAACUGGAAAAAGAAUUUGCUUUAUAUGGAGGAGCUCCACCAGCCACUGAUCAAAGCAACGUGUAUGAAGAGUAUGAUGAAGAAAGUGAACCAAUUGCAUCAAUAAACGGGACAACAAAGUACGACAAUGGGGAAAUGCAGGUCACUGUGACAACUUGUGAGAUUUCACAACAAGACGAGGAUGGUCCAAGUGAAAAGACACAAGCAGACGUACCAAGGUUGAUUGAAGCUGAUAAAACGCACAAGUUAUCUGUGAGCAAAAAGAAAUCAUUCAAGAAAGUUUCAAAGCACAAAUCAAGGUCAAAGCCACAAAACAAAAGGGAUAGAAAGAAGGGAAAGACGAAGAACAACAAGCGGUAG